AUGGAAACUACUCGGAUUAACAUAUCUACGUUCUCUUUCGACGAUUGCUUUGAUCUCGAUAUGGCACUUACAAUGCCGGAGUUGAACUCCGACGAAGACGACGGAGUUGCUGAGAAUUCCAGGGCUGAUGAGGAGGAGAGAGAUCUCUUAGUGUCGGAAAUGGCGAUGGUUUGCGACCCUGUCGGUGAAUGUGCGGUUUGUAUGGAAGGAUUUCAGACCGACGUUGGAUCGAUGGCUAAACGGACACGAUGUGGCCACGUGUAUCAUGCUCACUGUAUUACCAAGUGGCUAUCCACACGUCAAUCAUGCCCCCUUUGUAGAUCUCAGAUUACUGGACACCGGGAAAGUUAG